AUGAAGCUCCUGCCAAUCCCACUGUCGCCGCUGAACGCACCCCCACCGUUGGGGUUGUGGAAUUCGGAAUUGUUGUGGCGCUAUCCACCAGCACCACCGAGUCCUUUGGCCGAUCUGAAGACACAAUUGCCACCUCAGCUCAACACAGACCCGCGUAUAUGGGGUCGCGACGAGGUGGUCGUGUUCCUGCGGUUCUGUGAGCGCGAAUUCGACCUGCCAAAGUUCGAUCUUGAUCUGUUCCAGAUGAAUGGCAAGGCGCUAUGUGUGUUAACGAAAAAUGAUCUGGCUGAACGCAGUCCUGGUGCGGGUGAUGUUCUGCAUAAUGUGCUGCAGAUGUUGAUCCGUGAUGCACAGACACUGCAUCGACACCUGCCAAGUAGUCCGGUCACACCGACUGGCCGGUAUCCGCUUUCACCUCACAGUCACCCGCCAACACCGAACUGGAGCGCUCUAGCACCACCGGACAGUCCGUUCUUCCACAGUUCACACCUGCAGCAGUUCAUGGCCGCGUCUAACUCGGUGACACUUAGUCCGGCACCGUCGAUCGACUCGCAGGCAGGUAGUCCACCCUCACAGAGUCAUGGCGAGCAGAACGUGUUUCAGCAACAACCGAAACCAUCCGGUGCAGGCUCCUCCUCAUCGUCAUCUUCGUCCUCGUCGUCGUUAUCGGCGGGUGGAGGCGUUGGAGGUGGCAACAGUUCGACCAACGGAAGUGGAGCAGGUGCAAAUGCCAACGGAUCGUCGGCUGGAGCGAACGGAACGAAUGGGUUGAUGAGCAGCAGUAGCAGCAGCAGCACGACAAGCAGCACCAGCAGCAACGCUAGCAAUCAGUCCGAUUCGGACGAGGAUAAUACGACCGUAGGCAAUGGGGGGUCGGGUGCCGUUUCGGCGAAUGGAAGCGCGAAUGGCAACGGGUUCCAUCCGUUGCCACUGACCCAUCCGGAUAGCAAACUACCCCUCAUCGCGACACAUCCGCCUCAACAGAGUCCUCCGUUGACGCCGAUCUCGAAGGAAACGCAACAUCUCGGUCAGCUGCAGCUGCUCGACACCAAAACGCUUCAGUAUCCGGUGUCGUCGCUGCUCAACGGUUCGGCGGGAUCCAGCUCCGUGUCACGAGACCGUGAAUCGGCGUCUUCGGUGGGAGGAUCUUCAUCCAGCGCUUCGUCGAAUGCUGCCGUCGCAGCUGCAGCUGUGGCCGCAGCCGUACUCGGUCUAAAGGGUGCUUCCAACGGAGUUCCAUCAUCUGGCUCGCAGGGAAGCGGCUCGGCGCCCAACACACCCGGAGCCUUCCUGCCCGUGAAGCGCGAGUUCUUCCCCGACAGUCCGGAACCCAACACGAUUUCGUCCGGUUCGCUUUCAGACGGGCGCCUGCUGUGGGACUUCCUGCAGCAAUUGCUGAACGAUCCAAGCCAGCGCUACAGCAGCUACAUCGCGUGGAAAUGCCGCGAUACGGGCGUCUUUAAGAUCGUCGAUCCGGCCGGUCUGGCCAAGCUGUGGGGUAAACAGAAGAACCACCUCUCGAUGAACUACGAUAAGAUGUCGCGCGCCCUGCGCUAUUACUACCGCGUUAACAUUCUCCGGAAGGUACAAGGCGAACGGCACUGCUACCAAUUUCUCCGUAACCCGACGGAGUUGAAGAGCAUCAAAAACAUCUCGCUUCUGCGCCAAACGAUGGCAGCUAGCCAGGCCGCAGCAGCAGCUGCAGCCGCCCAGAACGGUAGUGGUAGCGAACGGAACAGCGACAGGGGAACCGCCAGCAAUGGUUCGGCGGGAAGCAAUCCGCUCAUGUCCCUGCUGCCCAACGGAGCCAACAUUCAUCAUCUGGCUGCAGCGGCUGCGGCCGCUGCCGCAUCCCAAAACGGACCCCUGUCGCCAUCGUCCUCGUCAUCGUCAUCGUCGCCAUCGUCCUUGCACCAUCAUCAUCUGCAGCAGCAACAGCAGCAGGCGCUUCACUCGCACCAUCUCGCAGUACAAAACGGUGCUGGGUCAGGAUCACACCAUCGCAACAUUAAGAUGGAAACCGACCUCGACGACCUCAAGCCGACCGAUCUCAGUACGAACGAUCGCAAGUUUACCUACGGAUCGCCGGUCAACGGAACAGACUGCUACCCAUUGAUUCGCAACGCGAAUGGAUUGACGACGAUACAGCUGCUAAGACAGCAGCAGCAGCAACAAUCGGAAGCCGGCUCACCGCCGUCCUCUCCAACGCCGCUUUCCAUCAACUCGCAGUCGCUCCACACGAUCAGCAGCAACCUGCAUCAACUGCACCAGCAACAGCUACAGGCUCAAGCGGCUGCUGCAGCAGCCAUCGCAGCGGCCGCUGAAGCCCGCCACCAACAGGAAGACCAACAAGACCAUCCGCACCAUCACCAGCAUCCGCAUCAUCACCAUCAUCACCCAGCCCGGAACGGAAGUCGGAGCAGCAGCACCAGUGGCACUAGCGAGCACGAUCACCGGGAACCACAUGACCGGGAGCGAGAUACGCCAUCGCCUGCCAACAGCGAGUCCUCGCAUCCUGCAUCAUCGCAGCAGCAGCAGCAACACCACCACAUGCAUAUCAAAAGCGACGACGACAGCAUGAUGCCAACGGAUCUGAGCAAGUCCGAGCCAAUGUACUACAAGUAA